CGUUAUCAGCAUCAUAUCAUUUAUCGAUAAGGAAGGUGAUCUGAAGGAUCCAGUUUGUGCCGAACUUCCGCAGCAUGUAUGAACACGCUCGGCCUCCUAUCCGUCCAACAUCUGGUGAUUGGCAUUCCUUGAAUCCUUGCGGGGAUAUCGUCGUACAGACCACGCAGUACUGGACCGUUUGGUGUGAUAAAGCUCCACGGAAUGUCUUGGCGGGAGGGGUUGCAGGAGAUACAAAUACCGGGCCUCCAUCCAAAUCCCGGAAGCUCAACCCACCUCGAACGUCUGAAAUCUUACUAUGCAAGACCCAGCCUCUUCCCAGGUGCGCGUGGCCGUCACGCAGGCAGAACCAGUUUGGCUCGAUCUAGAUGCGACAGUGGAAAAGACAUGCGCUCUCAUCGGGGAAGCUGCUGCGAAUGGCGCUCAGUUGAUCACUUUCCCGGAGUGCUGGAUUCCCGGAUAUCCGGCGUGGAUAUGGUCCCGCCCUGUUGAUAUGCGCCUGACAUCCACCUAUAUCCAACACUCGCUAAAGGUGGAUUCGCCGCAGAUGGCUCGCAUCCAACGGUGUGCCGCUGAGAACAAAAUCGUCGUGGUCCUGGGCUUUUCGGAAAACCUCCACAACUCCCUGUACAUCGCACAGGCCAUCAUCGGGAGCGAUGGCAAGAUCCUCACCACUCGGAAGAAAAUCAAGGCUACUCACAUGGAGAGGACCGUCUUCGGCGACUCCUUUGGAGAUUGUCUGCAGAGCGUCGUUGACACGUCGGUUGGUCGCGUUGGCGCUCUCUCUUGCUGGGAACACAUCCAGCCGCUUCUCAAAUACCACACCUAUUCGCAGCGCGAACAGAUCCAUGUCGCGGCAUGGCCCCCACUGUUCCCUGACGUUGGUGACGGCUCUUUGUUUUCGAUGUCAAGCGAGGGCACCAAUGCCAUUGCUAGAACGUACGCUAUUGAAAGCCAAUCGUUCGUCCUGCAUACCACCACAGUGAUAAGCCAGUCCGCCAUUGAUCGCAUGGCAACACAUUCCGGGGCCCUUAUGAGCACCCCUGGGGGUGGCUGCUCCGCCAUCUUUGGGCCUGACGGCCGCCAAUUGUCGCAACCGAUCCCCAGUACCGAGGAGGGCAUCAUCUACGCUAACCUAGAUCUGGAUCAGGUCUACCACUCCAAAGCUUUUGUAGAUGUCUGUGGACAUUACAGUCGACCGGACCUUCUUUGGCUGGGAGUGGAGAGCGGUGUGAGGUCCCAUGUAAGGGAUCAAGGCACGGUGGUUGAACAGGAGCAGUCAGGAAAGUAACCAGUUAGCUUGUGAGAAGGUUGUUACGGUUCUCUGAGGGAAAAUACCCUUUUACCAUCGUCUUCCACCACCAGGCCUCUUAAUAGGGGGAUUGUAGAUGUGGAAAUCUGAG